AUGCUUUCAGUAUAUCAACCCCCUCCCAGCGAGGGUUCCAGUCUUUCAAAAAAGAAAGCACCACCGGGCGUUCCCUACUUGACAAAGGUCAAUGGAAAGCUUGUAAUGGCACGCGCCAAACCAAAAUAUACUCCUCCCAAAGCAAUCAGUCUGCUAGGAGAAGCUUUUGGUGUGACUGCUGCUCGAAAGAGAGCGAAAUCGAUCUCAGUGACACCACCAGAACCUUUGAUGAUCGGAGGUAUCCCGUAUGUACCAGGUCCUCCACCGCCGCAUUCUGCUCCAAUUCCACAACAACCAUUUCCUCCGCAGCCGUACCCGUAUGCUCAAGGCCAGAAUUUACAACCGAUCUAUCCUCCAGCCUCGACACCGGUCCCGUGCUGUACCUACCAACGACCAGUUACCUACUCGGAUCUUCCAAAUGUCCCGCCUCUGACGCCAGAUGGAAUCGCUCGUCUGCAAGCCAUUGACGGUCAUUUUCACCAAUUCGUGGCUCCUACUCUGGCGAAGGAGACAUCGAAUCUUUCUGAAGAGAGCGCGAAAACUACAGGAUCCAAGACCACCAUUACAAUCACCAAGCACAUAUGUGCCAAUUGUCAGAGAAUACGGUCGAGGAGGUAUCAACAAAAAAAUCCGAUUAUCCCUGGUAAAGAACCAGCUCCUGAUACGUGCCGAAGAUGUCAAAGGGAUGUCAGCUGUUCAGAGAGCUCUGAUAGCGAGGCAGAACUGGAAAGAAAGACCUCAAGAUCGAAACGCAAGAGUAAGGAUAAACGGAGGAAGAAAUCCAAGAAGCGCGAACCGAGUUCCAGUCGGAAAGAAAAAUCCCGAUCUUCAGUGCGUAUUCGAAGAUUCAGCUACAGCAGGGAACGAUCAGCGUAUAUUCCUGAUGACGACGGUUUUACCAUCUUCUCUGAUGAAGAACGUGAUCGAGGUCGACGACGAUCCAAUCCACAAUCCCAAUAUUCAUCCGAGGAUGAUAUUGCCACAGAUAUAGAAGGUCACUAUGCAGAAGAAAACGAGCGAGGACGCAGAGGAAUACCCAUUCGACGUUCCAGAUCCGACAGAAUUCGAAGUGAGAUUGGUAUGCCGUCUCCAAACAAAAGCUACGUUAAACUGCGACCAACUUCGACAUUUCGAUAUGCCGACCAGUAUGAUGACACCUGUGCUACAAGAUGUAGUCAGACUUCAUCACCAGGACCUUCGUAUCGUUAUGUUCCAGCUCCAUAUGAUUAUGAACGUCCAUCAUCGCCUCUGGAGAGAGUUAAAUCCCGAUCUGAAAAUGAUCAUAUGAUGGGGAGUUACACUCAACCUAGACGAUUUGGGGAGGGUUUUGAUUACAAUAAUUCUCAACCCGGUACUAACAAGGUUCCUGUCUAUUUCAACGACGACGAUGAUAAUGACUACUUUGACAACACCUUCAGCGGACAAUCUCAAGAAUCAGCACCCGAUCACUCCGCAGACUGGUAUUACAAAGAUCCCGCCGAUGAAACACUCAAUCUAGUAGGUAGCUGGGGUGCCACCAAAGCCACCGACUUAGACCAACGCUGCCCCAGAGAAAGCAAUGUCGACGACACAUCAAGCAUCUCCCUCCGAUCCCAAGAAUCCCGCCGCCGCCGCCGCCGUGAACGCAGAAUGUCCGCAAACCACUGGGGACUUCCCCACGUUUUGAAUCCCAAAAACGAUGAUCAAGUCAUCGUCGUGAAGGAGGAAUACGUGUAUCGCCCUAAGAAAAGGGCAGAAGAGGAGAAGUUGCAGGAGUACACUGACAGAGCUGUCCUUGGAGAUCGGUAUGAGCGGAGAGAGUUUGAGAAGAGAGAUGAUGCCGAGAGGUAUUAUCGGGAUGAUUGGGCGAGGGAACGGUCUUUGUCACAACCGAGGUAUGAGACGGCGAGGAAGGGGUAUAGGAAGGAUAGUUUUGUUGAUCCGUCGCUUGCGGAUACGGAUGUGACGUAUAGGACUGAUCGUGAUAUCUUACCACCAGCACCAACUCCACCCGCACCAUCUCGAGCUUCUCGUCGCAGAAAAGAUUCGCGCUCGCGAUCUGAGUAUACGGUUGGAUCUGAAAGUCAAUUCACUGCGGAUUCACAACCUUAUGCCAACGGUACGUCGGAGAGACAGCGUAUGCCCUCACCCACCGACUCUCGUCGUCGCGAACCUGUCAGCACUCGAAAUUCUUCCCAAGAAUAUCGUGAGAGCAGAAACGAUGCUGAUAGAGGUCGGCCACGUAAUUCUCCGGAACGAUAUGAAGUCAGAGAGCAGAGUACGGAUAAACAUGUCACGUUUCGGGAUUCGAUCUCGGAACGCUCGCCUGUUAAGGAGUGGAGUGAGAAUUCGAGGGAAGGGGUGAGGUGA